GAAUUUUCGUGCCAUUCAUUCACUGAUCAUCUAUGAUUCUGGCUCACACACCAAUUCUAUUCCCAGUAAUUCUCAGUAAUUCAUUCGCGAGCAGUAUCAAUCAGAUCGUCGCUGCGAAUGAUUCAGGGUCUGGGUCGCGCACGAGUACGAAAAUAAAUCGAGUCUAUUACUCGCAUGUAAUUCUCACGCGAAACGAAUCAACGGGCGGAAGAAAAGAAGCGAUAACGUUCCCGCAACAGCGUCAUCGUCCGCGAAUAAAUGUUGCGAUAUCUGUGAUAAAACUUCAUUAACCGACGAAACGACGCCUUGAUAAUACCGCGAACAGACAAACAAAUACAUAUCUCAGUUCAUCGUAAAACUAACUAUAGAUCGCGUCUAAAAAGAAAAAGAAUUGUGCGAGUGCGUUGCCAAUAUCGAGUCGUGCGGCAUUGACGGCGGAUCUUCCGAGGACGUACUGUCGAAAGCGGCUACACGUGACUGUUACCUGUUCACUACCAUUGGUCGAUCCGCGCGAUAGGCGACGUGCCGGUCGAUAGUCAUCCUCGUGAAUUCCUCGCCUGUUCGAGCAGAAGACACCGUUGACCAGUGUCCGCUCGCGAUCAGGUUGGCCGAGUUUUGUUUGAGUCGUGUUUCGCGACUUUCUUUUCUUGCUUGCUUUUGCUGCGGCAUGGACAUAUUAACGAACGACGCAGAAAUGCUCGAGCCGGAAGUAGACACGACCGUCAAUCUGCGGCGGGGCACGAGUCUGAGGAUACCGUCGAUCACUUCUGCCGAAGAGAGCGAGCUCGGCCUGCGUCGCGGUGGUUCCUUGAAGAUCCCGCGGACGGGCGACGCCGAUCAUCGCGUCGACGUCGCGCGGGAUCAAGCGGGUGCGACGAGCGCGCGAUCCUCGCCGUCGUCGACGACCUCGUCGUCAUCGGCGUCGUCAUCGGCCGCGUCGGAUAGAUGCGCGGGCUACAGCAGCAGCGGCAACGUCAACAGAUCGUUCCGGUCCGCCAGGCGCUACGCACCUGUCACCGCGAGCGACGCACCUGCGCCGGAGUACCUCGCCAGGAGUCUCCUGCAACUCGGAUGUCCUGCCGUGUCGAUGCCUACACCUCGUGGCGGCGUCGGAUCGGAGCAACCGCCGAGCAGCGACAGCGAUGACUACACCGCCCAUCAUCAGCAGCAAGGAGGCUAUGGACAAGGUUUGGAUAGUUAUACCGUGCCCAAAGUCCAGGUGUCGAGCCCAUCAAACGCCGAUGAAUCCGCUUCCAUCAUCAAUGGGUCUGCGGGGUCCAUAGGCGCGCGCUCAGCACCCAGUACACCCUUGCAAGCAACUCCUGAUGCAGCACAGGCCACGGGCCAACAAUCGAUCAGCGGAUCCCAACUUACCGUGGCCGGCGCCAGCUAUCCUCAGCCUCCGAAGAGCCCCAGUCACGCGGUUUUGAGAUGGAACGACAGUCAACUUUCGAAGCCGCUCAGUAGGAGUACACCAUCAAUGGCAGCUGGCGGCGCGCAGACUCCAGCAAAGGUUAGCAGAUCCUCGUCGAGGUCGUCGCCGACGUCCACUAGUAGUGCGAGGCAGAAGAAGUUCCACAGGCAUUUUACUCAGUCCUCAAAAUUUCAGGUUGCGGAGGACGAGCGUGUGCUCAAUUAUUACAGCUGCGCGCUAGUGGGCGACAUCCUGCUGCAGGGUCACCUGUACAUCACGCCCAACUACUUCGCCUUCUACAGCAAUGUGUUUGGCUACGUGACGAAGCUGCUGAUACCGACGGUGUCGGUGCUGAAGAUCAGCAAAGAAAAGACGGCGCGCAUCAUACCGAACGCGGUAGCCGUAGCGACGGAGGAGGAGCGCCAUGUCUUCUGCUCGUUGCUGUCGCGCGACUCGACCUACAAGCUGAUGAAGCAGGUCUGGGAUGCGGCGAUGGAGCCGCGCCCAGUGGCGGACGUUCUGCCGGAGCUUGUCAGCGAAACAAAGCUCUUACCGCCGGACACGCUGCUGGUCGACGACUCCGAGGUGAACGCCGAGGAGGACGAGUCGAGUAUGUCCGAGAGUGGUACCGAUCUCACGGCUACCUCACGGCAGCCAGCUGUCUGCACCGAAACGGAUGGCGCGCCAGUGGCUCUAAGCAGGCCGAGUUUGUCAUCCAACAGAAUGGAGACAGCAGUAUUAGCGAAGAUACUGACACCGAGCAAAACCAGCAGGCUGAAAUCUGUAUUUACCAACGGAUUGAAGCCUGGCACGGUGAUAACGAUACUGGUGGCUCUCUUGGCAGCUCUUUACGUGUCGGCGGCUCUAAUGAUGAUGCGCAUCGACAGGUUGCACACCGCUUAUCUCAAUCAUCCCCUCGUCUCGCCAGAACGCUUCACGCAGGAUCGACUGUUGCAUUAUCUUAACACGAAUUUGGAUCAAAUUGUGAAGGUACGGCAGAGCCUGCAGACGCUAUCGCAGCAAUUCGUGACGAUGAGCCAAGGCGGUAGCGAGACGGGUCCGGCUGGCGGCGUGGUGGAACCGGAAGACGCGCCGAGUUAGCCCCGGA